AGGCGCCUCCUCCGCACGUCUUGUGCCUGCGGCGGAAACGCAGCCCAUCGCACAAACGCGCUGAACACACUCUACUGUGCCUCAUCUGAGCCCCAGGCUAGCUCUGCCGUGGCCCGUUCGCGUCGGCAGGCCAUCCGGCAACACCCCAUCUACAGCCGAACUGGAGAAUUGUUUUAUAUGGCGUCGCCGACGAUAGCAACGUCGCUGCCGCCGGACGCGGCCGUCCGGACGCUGCUGACGGAGCUGGGUCUGUCACACUUGAUCGGAAUUUUUGCCGAGCACGAGGUCGACGACGCGGCGUUCCUCCAACUGAACGACGCCGACCUUCGCGAAAUCUCCAUUGCCAGGGUACCCCGCCGGAAGAUCCUCGCCGCGAUACAAACGAUCAAGGAUAGGGAGCGUCAGUGGGCGCCGUCGGUCGUGACGCCGCCGCGGUCGCCUCCGCGCCCCGUGGAGGCGGUGGACGCGGAGUGUAGUAUCUGCAUGGACGUUAGCGUCGAGGUGCGGGUCGUGGGCUGCGGGCAUACGAUGUGUUCGUCCUGCGCCGCCGGGUGGUUCGCACGGACGCCCGCGGGCCACGUGACGGAGUGUCCUACCUGCCGCGGCCCGUGCACGGAUUUUGAGCCGCUGGUCCCGCCGGCCCUCGAGCCCGCGACGACGCGACCCUCGCCUGUACCGAUCGUCCAGUCGGCCGUCGAGCCCACGACGCGGAUCUUCGUUGGGAGGGCGUACGACAUGUCGACGCCGCAGUUGAUAGAACUCUACAAGGAAUUCGGCCGCGUCGUCGACGCUUACAUCAUGCUGGACUCGGCCGGACGAAGCAAAGGCUGCGGCAUGGUGGAGUUCUCGGAACCGGAGGCCGCAGCUCGAGCCAUAGAAAUUUGGUCCCAGAAGAGACACCCGAGGUGGUCUAAGAUGAUAGUGGAGCGGGCGCGGCCGCGGCCGGGCGCGGGUGCGGGCCCGGAGACGCGAGCGGUGGUGGCCGGGACGCGAGUGCGUGCCGCCUCGGUCGAGCGCACCGACCUGGACGUGGCGAGCGAAGCCCUUUUGUGUUAUGAGGCCGCGGAGGCGCGAGCGGUGGCGGCAGAGGCGCGAGUGGCGUUGACCGAGACGCGAGCGCGUGCGGCCGAGGCGCGAGCGGUGACGGCCCUCACGCGAGCGCGUGCGGCCGAAGCGCGAGCGGCGGCGGCCCAGGAAGAUCGGAUGCGGGCGUAUGUCACGGCAACCGAGCUCCAAGCAGCGACUUCCGGGCUCUUGGCGAAGCUUGACGCUUCUGAGGCGGCCGCGGCCGCUGCUACCGCGCGCGCGGCCGAGACUGAGACCUUACGGGAGAGCCUCGAGAGCCAGCUGAAAGCGCACCAGGGCACGAUUUUGAGCGUCCUGUCGAGUGGGGAGGAUCUCCCGGACCCCGACCAUGAUAUACCGUACGAGCCCUUCCCCAUGCCGUUAGCCUACGUGCCGGGGGUGUCGCCCCCCGUGGUCCUGGGGCCCGUCGCGCCAGGGACGCACCCGUGGUCCUGGGCCCAACCGCCGCCGUUAGCCUACGCGGAGCCGCCGCCGCCGGACAUCAUCUUCCAGGGCACCGUCAUUGAUCUCGGGACCAAGGGUGAGGCUACGGCCAAGCGCCGCUACGGGUUUAUUCGGCUCGAUCACACGCAGAACCUAGUGUUUGUGAGCCCGAAGGACGCGCCAGACGGUUAUGUGUCGGACGGGGAUAGAUGCUCUUUUCGCAUCGUGGAAGACAGAGAACAAAAAAAGAACAGUAUGGCUCCAUCCCACUGGGCGGGCCGCCAGUGGAAAGCCGUGGACGUCGUCUGCGUCCAGCGGGCGGCUCCCAACAAA